AUGGUGGUGUGGUUUUGGACGCGCAAAUUCUGCUGCUCAAGAAAUCUUGGCUAUGAGGGGAUCAAUAUAUCCAAGCACAUCAGAGCACGACGCCAGGCACAAGGCACAGAGGACAUGUUCCCACUCUUCCGCUGCCGCGCUGCCCCUCCCAUUUCUACUGGACUGAGACCGAUUGACACAUCAAUGACGAGAACUUUUGAGUGUUUAUGGCUGAGGUAAGACAAAGCUCAGGCUGGGAGCCCAAAGUUUCCGAGAAUCAACCCAUCACCCUGUGUAAUCGAACGUCGGGCGUAGUACAGCGGAACUCCGUUUUCGAUGGUACGUCAAAAUGGAAUCACGCCAACGUUUUCUUCUUGCGGCACAUCCCACCCCCCCCCUCCUCCUUCCUGGUGUAAGGUAGCCCACCGCAUCCACCCACCGACCCGAAUAUCCAACCCCCCCUGAAGCUCCCCCUGCCCCCUGUCCCCUGUCCCCUGUCCUGUCGCUUCCUCUCUCCCUGGUCCUCGGACCCUCCAACCACAGAAAGCAAAAUCGUGGAUGAACCGCGCGGCACCCCUCUCUUGCAAUUAAAGGGGUGUGAAUGAGCCAGGGGGUACAGAAGUGACUCGUCACAUUUCCCUUGCAUUUAUCCAGGAACAGAGAUUGUGGAGAAAAACAAUGAGGCGAACAUGGGGGGCGCAUUCGGCCGUGGGAACGGGAACUACGGCGAUCUGAUGGCCAUCCAACCUCACCACCUCACCUCCACUCGCCGGCCUCCACCUCCGCACACCUUACCCCAAAAUAAACCUCAUGAUCGACAUGUCUCCAAAUUCACCAACACACAUGGCGCUAUUGAAGCUCCAGCACUUCAGCCUUCCAGGUUUAAAGCAGGUUUGCCCCCAGCUCAUGCAUUGCACCUCGUAAACCAAAAAGCCACUCGAAUGCUUGUUCGCCCAUCAUAAUCACCACUUCACCGAGUUUCCCGAAACCACCUCAUGAGAACCUCGGCAUCUCGACAGCCGGGCAGGCCAGGACCCGAUGCCAAUCGGUGGUGGUGACGUCUGCCCUAUGGAGCAACUGUUGACCACGUCAACAAAAAAUUGGUCAUCACACAAAGAUCUUUCCACUUGUAGCAGAAUCCUUCGGGGAGAGUUCCCCACCUCUCACAUCUCACUUUUUGUUUUCUUCAGUUGUCGUGAUUCACGGAAACAGUUUUUCCUCGCUCUCAGGUCAGACCAUUCACCUCGUCCAGUCAUCAUCAACGUCGAAAAGGGGCCCGUGAUUACACAACCUCGAGGCCGGUAACAACAGCGUAACAACAGGAUUGGCUGAAAAAGGGCCGGUAACGAACAACGCAUACACACACACACACACACACAGCAGAUGUGAAAUACGAAGAGUAGAUUGCAUCCCACACCCCAGCCAGCCCUCUUGCAGAAUGCAUGCAUACUUUAUUGUACAGACCUGAGAGCUACA